AUGGCAUUCUCUGGAAUAAAAAACAUCAAUAUCACAAGUCGAAAUCCAUCGACCCUCAUCAAGGACUUCAUGAUGUUCACAAACAACAGGCAAUCACUCAAUCUUUACUUCGGCACCGAAGAGAAUGUUGAUCUUGUUAUUCCUAGUUCAUGCACAAGCAUUGGUGGUCUCACCUUUGCAGAGAAGAGUAUCAACACACUUAUUUUCUCUGACAACGAAAACCUUGUUAUUGGUGAUUCAUGCUUUUCUGGUUCAAAACUCAAAUCUAUCUCUUUUCCAUCAGGUCUCAAAUCUCUUGGCAAAUCGUGUUUCAACAAAUGCUCUUUUCUCACAUCUGUCUCUCUCGAUAACACUCAGAUCACGACUAUCCCAGACUUUUGUUUCCAGGACUGCGUACUUCUGAACUCUAUCCGCCUUCCAUCAACUGUUGUCUGCAUCGGCCAGUAUGCAUUCAGCAACUGCUAUUCUAUCGGUGACAUUGGUAUUGACAGCACUAAUCUCGUGAACAUCAGCCAGUAUGCCUUUUACAGAAGCGGCAUUUCAUCAUGUGGUCUUAAACCAACAUUCAAAAGCAUCGACAAGUACGCAUUCAAAGAGAGCAAUCUGACAUCUCUUACCAUUUCUUGCAACACUAUCGAAUAUGAGUGUUUCAAGUCAUGCAUUAAUCUUGAAUCUGCUGCAUUUGGCGAAGGUCUUAUUACUAUCUCAGACAACAGUUUUAUUCCAUAA